AUGUCGACUUCCACGGACAAUUGGCAUGUUGAUGAAAUAUUCGUCCAACUGGGGUCGAAAGACCAGACUCACAGGAAGCGUGCUGCGCUGGCGUUACGCGACCAGUUUGUUGCGGUUUCGCGCGAGGCCAUGUCCGCCGAACAGUUGAGUGUCUACAACAACCACAUCAACAAGCGCAUUUUCGACCUCAUCAACAGUUCGAAUGUCUCUGAGCAAUUGGGAGGUAUAGAAGCCAUCAGCUCGCUAGUGGAUCUAAUUAGCAGCUCUUUACCCCGUAUCAGUGCCUCUUCGACAACAGAAGAAAACUCCAAUAUGAUUGCCCGGUACGCAAACUACUUGCGUCGGCUCAUCACCUCGAACGACCUACCGGUGAUGAAACAGGCCACCAAGACAUUGGGAAAGCUUGCAAUUCCAGGAGGAUCAUUGACUGGCGACUUUGUGGAGUUCGAGGUGAAACGGUCCAUCGAAUGGCUAGUUGCGGAAAAGGUGGAAAACAAGAAACACGCAGCCAUUCUCAUCAUCAGCUCCCUUGCCGAGAAUGCUCCGGCAAUGCUCUACCAAUACAUCAAGGAAGUUCUCUCGAACAUCUGGAUUGGCCUGAGAGACUCCAAGAACCUUCUUCGUGAAGAUUCUGCCAUUUGUUUGCGCAACUGUCUCAACAUCGUUUAUGAAAGAGAUCUCGAACUCAGAAGCUACUGGUUCACCAAACUCUACACAGAAGCAACGUUGAUAUUCCGGAAUUCUCAGGCCGUCUCCAAUGGAACGUCUCCCGCAGUCAACAACAACCCGUCUGAAUUCAUCCAUGGUUCUCUACUCUGCUAUAGAGAAUUGGUUCUCCAAGGCUCCUCACUAUUGCAUUCAAAAAUUGACGACAUUUACGAAAACCUGAUGACAAUCAAAGACCACCGGUCAGUAGAUGUUCGCCGUGAAGUCACCAAGAUCAUGCCAAUCCUUGCAAGGUUCGAUAAGAUCAAAUUUGUCGACAAAUACAUGCAUCGUGUUCUUCUUUACUAUAUCUCUCAGUUGAAGAUCGGAAAGGACAGAACCUUCAUUCUCAUCAGUAUAGGAGACAUUGCCGUCGAGGCAAGAAACAAUAUUAUCAACUAUCUCGACGGCGUUGUCCUCGAAAGUAUUAGAGAUGCCUUGUCAUCCAAAGUUCCGAAAAUCAAGAAAGAACUCGUUCCAUACUGUUUCUACUGCCUCGCAAAACUUGCAAUUUCUCUCGGCCCUCCGUUAACUAAGUUUGUGAAUAACUACCAGCUCAUGAAGCUCGUACUCAAAUCGCCAAUCAACGACAACAUGCUCAGCCUUUCCAAAAUAUUUAUAGACCAUUUACCAUCUUUAGAGCCAAUCAUCAACGAUAGACUGAUCAACGUCGUGAGUCUUUGUCUUUCUGGCUAUGAAUUCAAACACCCGGGAUCGCCUGAUUUCAAAAGACAAAUGAACCCAAGUCUUGCAUACAACUACCGUCAAAGCAUGUACAGCAGAGAUGGUGGUCAAUUCAAUCACACCCCUGUGGAUCUCACCAUGCUCAUUGGUCUUCCAAAAAGUGUGAAUCAGGAUGAGCCUGACGUCUUGGUGAUCCUGCAAGCUUUGAAGACACUGAGCUACUUUGAUUUCAGGAACUACUCCUUGACCGAAUUUGUCCGCUACUCUGUUAUUCACUACAUUGAACAUGAUAAUCCAGAAGUCAGACUAAAAGCCGCGUUGACUUCUGCCAAGAUUUACCUCAGCGAUCCAAUUUGUCUGCAGAAGAGUCUCAAUUCUCUCAAAGCCGUCAGCGAGGUUCUGGACAAACUAUUGACGGUAUGUAUCACAGACACACAUGCAGAGAUUCGUCUCCAAAUACUCAACAGUCUUGGCGAGAGGUUUGACCCGCAGUUGUCUCAGGCAGAAAAUGUCCGCUUGUUAUUUAUGGUUUUGAACGACGAAUCUCUAGAGAUUAGAAAAGCAGCCAUCAAAUUGGUUGGAAGAUUAGCAGAAAUCAAUCCAGCGUAUAUCGUGCCGUCACUACGGAAACUCCUUAUACAACUAUUGACCACGCUGGAGUAUGGUGGACAUAAUUCUAGAAAGAAAGAAGACACAGCGCUACUGUUGUCUGUAUUCAUCUCGCACACAGGAGAUCUCACAAAGCCAUAUCUCAAGCCGAUAAUGGAUGUCUUACUUCCAAGAAGUAUGGAUCCUGGGUCUCCAGUCGCCUCUGCUGCAAUUGCAGCAAUUGGCGAAAUGUCUGUCGUCGCUGGUGAAGAAAUGACACCAUUUAUUUCUCAGCUGAUGCCAGUACUGAUGGAAACAUUCCAAGAUCAAAGCAUGAGUUUCAAACGAGAUGCGGCACUCAAAACUUUGGGGCAGGUUGCCGGAUCUUCGGGGUAUGUGAUUCAACCAUUGCUUGAUUAUCCUCAACUUCUUGGAUUGCUGGUCAACAUUAUGAAAUCGGAAACUUCUAUUUCAAUCAGAAGGGAAACGGUCAGAUUAGUUGGUAUACUGGGAGCUCUUGAUCCUUACAAGCAUAGAGAAGUCGAACGGUAUGGACAGGAUUCGCAAACCGUUGCCGAACAGAACGCACCUCCAGUGGAUAUGGAAUUACUCAUGAAGGGGAAAUCACCUUCCAACGAAGACUAUUUCCCAACUGUGGUCAUCAAGACACUAUUGCGCAUUUUAAAAGAUAGUUCUUUGAGCACGCACCACCCAGCUGUGAUACAAGCUAUUAUGCACAUUUUCAAGACUCUCGGAGUCAAGUGCGUUCCAUACCUUGAUCAAGUCAUUCCCGGGUUCGCUACCGUCAUCCACUCCUGUACACCAUCAUUGCUUGAAAUAUAUUUCCAGCAACUAGGAGAUUUGAUUAAAAUAGUCAAGCUGCACACUCGUCCAUUCCUUGCGGAUAUCUUCGAAUUGAUUGCGGAAUUUUUCCCUCAAGUCAAUCUUCAAGUGACAAUAAUCGGUGUUAUUGAGCAGGUUUCAAAAGCAUUAGACGAUGAGUUCAAGAUUUACAUGUUCAAAGUGAUCACUAUUUUUUUGGAUGUUCUCGAUACAGACAAGUCGGCCGGAAAAGUUGCUUCGCUUAGAGCGCUGAAAGCAUUUGUGGUUUUUGGCAGCAACAUUGAGCCGUAUACUCACUUGAUUAUUCCCCAAACUGUCAAGUUAUUCGAAUCUCCGAAUGAAGCAGUUAGCCGUGAAGCAAUAGAGACAGUUGGUAAACUAUCCAGACAACUCAGUCUCACGGACUUUGCUUCUCGAAUCGUUCAACCAUUGAUCAGAAUCAUUGCUAGCUCUCCAUCUGACGAACUGAAAAGUACAGCUGUGACCACGAUUUGUUUGCUGAUGUUGCAAAUGGGUCACGAGUUUUCGGUGUUUAUUCCUGGAAUUACCACGGUGAUUAUCAAGCACAGAUUGCACUAUCCAAUCUACGAUCAGUUAGUUGACAAACUGAUUCAUGGAGAGCCUCUUCCAGCUGGAUUAUUGAGCGACAAACUCCAAGAUCCUCCAGUGACUGACAAUUUUGAUAUAGAAGCAACUCCUCGAAAGCUUCCUGUUAACACCCAAGCAUUGCGCCAUGUUUGGGAUUGUAACACUAAGAGAACCAAGGAGGAUUGGCAAGAGUGGACUAGAAGAUUAAGCAUUGAGCUGUUGAAGGAAUCGCCUUCCCCUGCUCUACGUGCUUGUUCGUCAUUGGCUACCGUUUACCCACCAUUGGCGAGAGAUUUGUUCAAUUGUGCAUUUGCCAGCUGCUGGAACGAAUUGCAUAUUCAGUACCAAGGGGAACUUGCACAAUCACUUUGCAUCGCUCUCUCUUCUCCAAAUAACCUACCUGAAAUCCAUCAAACUUUACUCAAUUUGGCUGAGUUCUUGGAGCACGAUGACAAGUCCCUUCCAAUUAGAAUUCAAACUUUGUCGCAAUAUGCUCAGAGAAGCCAUGUUUAUGCCAAAGCUCUUCAUUACAAAGAACUGGAAUUCAUUCAAGAACCAUCUACACCAACGAUUGAAUCGCUCAUUAGCAUCAACAACCAGCUGCAGCAGUCGGAUGCCGCCAUUGGUAUUCUCAAGUAUGCUCAAGAUCACCAUGGCUUGCAAUUGAAGGAAACCUGGUAUGAAAAGUUGCAACGUUGGGACGAUGCGCUUCGUGCAUACAACGAAAGAGAAAAGGAAGAACCAAAUUCCAUGGAUAUUACCAUGGGAAAGAUGAGAUGUCUUCAUGCAUUGGGAGAAUGGGAGUCUCUGAGUGAACUAGCGCAGGACAAAUGGUCCAAUUCUUCCGGUGACAUUAAACGUGCGAUUGCUCCACUGGCAGCAGCAGCAGCAUGGGGACUCGGACAGUGGGAAAGAAUGGAUAAUUAUAUCAGUGUCAUGAAAGUGGAGUCGCCCGAUAAAGCUUUCUUCAACGCUAUCUUAUGCCUUCACAGAAACAACUUUGACGAGGCUUCCGAACAUAUCUUGAAGGCCAGAGAUCUGCUUGUUACAGAAAUAACGGCUUUGGUCAGUGAAUCUUAUAACAGAGCGUAUGGAGUGGUUGUUAGAGUACAAAUGCUUGCUGAGCUUGAGGAGAUCAUCAAGUACAAGUGCUUGCCACAAGGUUCUGACAAGAGAGUACAGAUCCGUGACACAUGGAACAAACGUUUACUUGGAUGUCAGAGAAACGUUGAUAUCUGGCAACGGAUGCUCAAAGUUCGUGCCUUGGUUGUUAAACCAAAGCAGGACAUGGAGAUGUGGAUCAAGUUCGCCAACCUUUGCAGAAAGAGUGGUCGUCUUGGACUUGCCGAGAAGUCUCUCAAUGCUCUUCUGGACGAAGGUGCGGCUGGAAACCAAACCUCAAGGGCUCCUCCACAUGUUGUCUAUGCUCAACUGAAGUACAUGUGGGCAAGAGGUCAACAAAGUGAAGCUUUGAACCAUCUUGUUGAUUUUGCUUCCAAGCUAUCUCGGGAUUUGGGAGUCAACGAAAACGAGGCAAUUACUCAACCUUUACCCUCGGCGGUUCCUGGAGCUUCCGAUAACAUUGAAAAGUACACCAUGUUAUUGGCAAGAUGUUACUUGAAGCAAGGUGAGUGGAAGAUUGCAUUGAACAACAACUGGACGGAGAUGGAGUCUACAGGUAUUCUAGGUUCGUUCCUUUUAGCCACGCACUUUGAUCCAACCUGGUAUAAGGCUUGGCAUAAUUGGGCCUUGGCCAACUUCGAAGUGAUUUCACCUCAGUCCAGUCAAUUGCAUGAUGAAACCCCAGAAGAGGAGGAAAAUGCUCUUGGAAAUAUUCUCCACUAUGUUGUUCCUGCUGUUCGUGGAUUUUUCCAUUCGAUUUCAUUGUCGCUGUCGAAUCCAUUGCAGGAUAUUUUGAGACUGCUCACUCUUUGGAUGAAAUACGGUGGUAUUGAAGAUGUGGCUAGUGCUAUCCAAGAAGGAUUCCAGAUGGUCAAGGUUGAUACUUGGCUGGAUGUGAUUCCGCAACUGAUCUCACGGAUCCAUCAACCCAAUCCUGUUGUGAGCAAGUCACUGCUUGGACUUUUAUCUGAGCUUGGUAGAGCUCAUCCACAAGCAUUGGUCUAUCCACUGACUGUCGCCAUCAAGUCGGAUAGCGUUCUUCGUCAAAGGGCUGCCAUGACUAUCAUCGACAAGAUGAGAGCUCACUCUUCUAGAUUGGUUGACCAAGCUGAUUUAGUGAGUAAUGAGCUCAUUCGUGUUGCUGUGUUGUGGCAUGAAAUGUGGUAUGAAGGAUUAGAAGAUGCUUCGAGAUCAUACUUUGGAGACCAGAAUGUUGAGAAGAUGUUUUCGAUUUUGGAACCAUUACAUCAGUUACUUGAAAAAGGUCCAGAAACCAUUCGUGAGGCCUCUUUUGUGAACGCAUUCGGUAAGGAAUUGAACGAUGCUUACCAGUGGCUGAUGAACUUCCGUCGUACCAAAGAUGUUGCUUAUCUGAACCAAGCAUGGGAUUUAUACUACGGGGUGUUCCGGAGAAUCUCAAGACAGCUCCCCCAGCUGCAAAAUCUGGAUCUGCAGCAUGUUUCUCCAAAAUUGCUUGCCGCUAAAGAUCUUGAGCUCGCUGUUCCGGGAACGUAUGUUCCUGGAAAAGAAGUCAUCAAAACAGUCAAAUUCGAACCUGUGUUUUCGGUUAUCACUUCGAAGCAGAGACCGCGGAAGUUCAACGUCCUUGGAAGUGACGGUAAGAACUAUCAAUAUCUGCUGAAGGGACACGAGGAUAUUCGUCAAGAUAGUCUGGUCAUGCAGCUCUUUGGAUUGGUGAACACCCUUCUGGCCAACGAUUCGGAAUGUUUCAAGCGUCACAUGGAUAUUCAACAGUUUGCUGCUAUUCCUCUUUCUCCAAGCUCCGGUCUCUUGGGUUGGGUUCCAAACUCGGACACUUUCCACGUUCUUAUCAAGGAAUACAGAGAGCCUCGCAAAAUUUUGCUCGAUGUCGAACACCGUAUCAUGUUGCAGAUGUCUCCAGAUUAUGACAACUUGACACUAUUGGAAAAGGUUGAAGUGUUCACCUACGCUUUGGAUAUAACCAGAGGUCAAGAUUUGUACAAGGUGCUAUGGUUCAAAUCGAAGUCUUCAGAAGCCUGGCUGGAUAGAAGAACUACAUACACUCGUUCCUUGGCUGUGAUGUCGAUGGUUGGAUACAUUUUGGGACUAGGAGAUCGCCAUCCUUCCAACUUGAUGAUGGAUCGUAUUACUGGUAAGGUCGUCCAUAUUGAUUUUGGUGACUGUUUUGAGGCUGCUAUUUUGAGAGAGAAGUACCCUGAAAAGGUUCCAUUCAGACUCACCCGGAUGUUGAGUUACGCAAUGGAGGUCAGUGGAAUUGAGGGAUCUUUCAGAAUUACAAGCGAAAACGUGAUGAGAGUGCUGAGAGAUAACAAGGAGUCCCUGAUGGCUAUCUUGGAGGCUUUCGCGUACGAUCCACUGAUUAACUGGGGAUUUGACUUCCCAUUUAACCAGAUCGUCGACAACCCUAACCAGAGCUUGCCUAAUGCCAAUUACCAAGAACUUUUGCGCACUGGUCAAAUUACCGAGGAAGAGGCCAGCAAGAUGGCUGCUCAGUACAAGGCAGACAUUCUCAAUGCCCGUGCUGCGUAUGUGCUUAAGAGAAUUACAGACAAACUGACCGGAAACGACUUCAAGCAGUUCCAGGAAUUGGAUGUUUCCAGCCAGGUUGACAAGCUGAUCCAACAAGCCACUUCGGUGGAGAACUUGUGUCAGCAUUACAUUGGAUGGUGUUCAUUCUGGUGA